CGCGCCCUGGAGCUGCUGGGCGUUUCUCUGCAGCUGUCGGAGGGAACUCGGUGGACCAUAUUAAACAACAAAAAGGCCAGAUGUUUGAAGGAUCAAACUGUAUUAUUUUCUGCAUAUUGAACUGAUUCAUCAAACAGAGAAGCGAGACACAACAUACGGACCUUUAAAUUGCACCAUAACCUGCUCACCUAUGAUUAAAUGAUAUCCAACAUCAUCAAAACCAGGUCUUUGGUGUCAGUCAAAUCAUAAAAACAACACAGGAAAAAUGGAGGCCAUGAUUGCCACAGGAAUGGCCGCCAAACUCCGGAGUCAGUGGGACAGAGAUGAAGGUUUGGGUCAGAAUCACAAUGCCGUGAAGUUCCUGGGACAAGAUUUUGAGUCACUAAGAGCUCAGUGCCACCAGAACAGGACAUUGUUUGAAGACCAUUUGUUUCCGGCCGCUGGAACUUCUCUUGGUUUUAAAGAGUUGGGCCCACAUUCCUCUAAGACGCAAGGUGUGCGAUGGAUGAGACCGACGGAGAUUUGCAUGCGUCCUCAGUUUAUCAUGGAUGGAGCUACUCGUACUGACAUCUGUCAGGGAGCUCUGGGUGACUGUUGGUUGCUGGCAGCCAUUGGGUCUCUGACUCUGAACGAUAACCUCCUGCACCGUGUGGUGCCUCAUGGACAGAACUUUGACAGAGGCUACGCUGGAAUCUUUCACUUUCAGUUUUGGCAGUUCGGUGAAUGGGUUGAUGUGGUGAUUGAUGACCGGUUGGCUGUGAAGGAUGGGAAGCUGUUGUUCGUACACUCAGCAGAAGGUGGAGAGUUCUGGAGCGCACUGCUGGAGAAGGCCUAUGCCAAGCUGAACGGCUGUUAUGAGGCUCUCUCUGGUGGAAGCACAUCUGAGGGGUUUGAAGAUUUUACAGGCGGGGUCACAGAGAUGUUCGAGUUGAUAAAAGCGCCGCCUGAUCUCUUCAGCAUAAUUGGCCGGGCCAUCGAGAGAGGCUCACUUCUGGGCUGCUCAAUAGACAUCACCAGUAAGUUUGACAUGGAGGCAGUGACCUUCAAGAAGCUGGUCAAAGGUCAUGCUUACUCUGUGACGGGAGUGGAGGAGGUGCUUUAUAGGGGAAACAUGACUAAACUGGUGCGUAUCAGAAACCCCUGGGGUGAAGUGGAGUGGACAGGAGCCUGGAGCGACGAUUCUCGAGAAUGGGACAAUGUGGACAGGUCAGUUAGAGGCAGAUUACAGAACCGCAGUGAGGAUGGAGAGUUCUGGAUGUCGUUCAGUGACUUCCUGCGGGAGUUCACCCGGUUGGAGAUUUGUAAUUUGACAGCAGAUGCUCUACAGGCAAGUCAGGUGAAGAAAUGGAGCACGUCGCACUAUCAUGGGGAGUGGAGAAGAGGCAGCACGGCUGGUGGUUGUAGAAACUUCCCAGCCACAUUCUGGAUCAACCCUCAGUUCAAGUUGACCCUACAACAUCCUGAUUCUCCCGGCCAAUCAGAGUGCAGCUUCCUGGUGGCACUGAUGCAGAAAGAUCGCAGGAAGAAACGAAAAGAAGGAAAAGACAUGGAGACCAUCGGAUUUGCCAUUUACGAGGUUCCGAGACAGUUUGUGGGUCAAACAAGUUCGCACCUGAAGCGGGAUUUUUUCCUCAGUAAUGCGUCCAGCGCCCGCUCGGAAAACUUCAUCAACCUGAGAGAAGUGAGCACGCGUUGCCGACUGCCGGCGGGCGAGUACAUCAUCGUCCCGUCCACCUUUGAGCCCAACAAAGAUGCCGAUUUUGUCCUCCGAGUAUUCUCAGAGAAACCUGCAAACUCUGAAGAAAUGGAUGAUAAAGUCAUAGCUGACAUUCCCGAAGAGCCACGUCUGGACGAGAGUCAAAUUGAUGCUGCCUUUAAGAAUCUCUUCAGACAGUUGGCUGGAGCGGACAUGGAAAUCAAUGUUACGGAGCUGCAAACCAUACUGAACAGAAUUAUCGGCAAACAUAAAGAUUUGAAGACAGACGGCUUUUGUAAGGAGGCCUGCCGUAGCAUGAUCAACCUCAUGGAUACCGAUGGCAGUGGGAAACUCGGACUCACAGAGUUUCAUGUGUUGUGGGAAAAGAUUAAACGAUACCUGUCAAUCUUCAGGGAACAUGACCUUGAUAAAUCUGGAACUAUGAGCUCUUAUGAGAUGCGAAAAGCUCUGGAGUCAGCAGGUUUUAAGCUCAACAAUCAUCUAUUCCAACUGAUUAUUAUUCGCUACACAGAAGAAGACCUUACUGUGGAUUUCGACAACUUUGUCACCUGUUUAGUGCGAUUGGAGACCAUGUUCAAGACCUUCAAGACUAUGGACACAGAUGGUGAUGGAAUCAUGUCACUCACAUUCUUUCAGUGGAUCUCUUUGACAAUGUUUGCUUGAUAUCGACUCAGAUUCUUGUCCAGUGCCUGCAUCUUUGUCUUCGGUUGGGUUCACAUCCAAAGAGUACCUUCAUUUUUACACUUUUUGUAUUAACUAAGACUUGAAAAAAUAUGCUGUUUACAUGCCAAAGCCUAAUAGGUCAUUUCCAAAUAUGAGUAUUUCUAAAGCCAUCAGAAAAUAAACACAACUUUUAAUUAAUCAUUAACUUUUUUUAUUGUUCUGGCCAAGCCAAUCAGCUACUUAUUGCCAAUUUCAAUCCCUCUUGCAGCAAGUCAUUUCUGCAGCACUUUCUAUGCAAUGUAAACAGAAUAAGCAAAGAAAUGUGUUGGUUUACUAUGCAUGUUUUACGCAUGUACUUAAAACUUACAGAAUGUGUUGAACUGUAUACAAAUAUGCUGCUGAUUUAAAAUGCUUAAAGGGACUUUUAUUUUGUAAACAUUCCAGUAGUUUAUAUAAGGAAUGGUUCAAGAUACCCAUUAACUACAAGGUUGAAAAUAAAAUAAAAAAGGUGGAGGAAAUGA